ACGCAGCAAGUAAGAGGUCACUCAGUAAAGAAAAGCUGAGGGAGGAUUCUGCAAGGGAUGCCUCCAUUGAAAUACUUGAAAAAGUGAAGCGGACGCGUCAAGCUGCAUCAAGCGGUCAGUCUCCCGAAGAGUCAUCCAGUGAUGAGAGAAGGGAAGAUGAUGAUGAUGGUGACGUUAGUGGUGAUGAUGACCAUGACAGUAUCAUUUUGACAGACAGUAUCAUUGUGACAGACAGUGUGGAGGAAAAGCUUGACACAGUGCUGGAACAGCAGAAAGUGAUCAUUACAAGGCUAGACAUGGUCAUGGACGUGCUCCAACACAAGAAGAAGAAGAAAGUUCAGGCCAACAGCUAUCAGCCAACCAGCCAACCAGCCAACCAGCACAACCUACAACAAUCCUACCUACAACCAGCCAACCAGACAACCUACCACCAUCAGCCAAACAGCCAAACAGCCAACCAGCACAACCUACAACCAGCCAGCCAUCAGCCCACCAGCCCACCAGCCCACCAGCACACCCCCUUCCAGGACUUUAAUUCAUACAACUACCAGCCCUACAACAGCAACACUUACCAGACCUACAGCAGCACAUACCAGCCAUACAACAACUACUAUCAGCCGUCAUACCAGCAGACCAUCCCUGACAAUGCCCGGGGACAGGACACCUCCCCCUCUACCUCUUCCACCAAUAGUACUGUUCUGAUCGGGGCACCCUGGCGGCAGGUGGCCGUACCAGCACCUGUGAUCGCACAGGUGGCUUCCCUCCAGUCAGAAACGCCAGACAAGAGCAGGGCGGCCAAAGUGCGGGCGUUGAUGGAUGCGAUAUUCAAGACAGAGGAGAUGGUAGCAAACAACACGGAUGGUUCUGUUAAGGACGGCCUAGGCCGUCUUGACGAGAACAAGCUGAAUGCCAUAAGGGAACAUCUGGUCACCACUGAGCCGGGGAACCAGGACCCUCAUGAACCAGGCUACAAAACCAAAGUGCACAAGGUCAUUAAUUUAAGGUGCCGGAAAGUUCGACACAUUGUUACAAAGGAGAAAGGUGUCCAGAAGUGAUGUCUUUCAGGAGGCCCAUCAGAUAUCAGGACUAGAUGGAGAUAUCAGUACUAGACUAGGCUAGGGCAGGAAACCUCACACAUUAUUUAACACACAUAUGGCGACCAAUACCUGAUAAACAGACUGUUAGCUGAUACAAAUGUUAGAUAUGUCAAUCUGUUGUAAUUGAGGGUCUACAUUCAACUACGAACCAUACCUAUCCCUGCAUUAUCUUACUAUCUGUGUAGAGCAAGUCCCUGUAUGGUUAAUGUUCUUGUGCAAGCGUCAUCUGUGUGAAAUUAUCUCCUGUUGAUCACUCCGAGGUUCACUGUUAGUGUAACUGUAAUGUUAGAUCAUUGCACUAUUUGUUGUUUACUCCACUGUUUAAACAUAUGUAACCCUAAUUAUGACAAUAGGCAUACUGUACCUUACUGCGACUUUAGGAGUUGCAAGUCAGUUCCGUUUUCUUUCAUAUUUGUAACUAGUUUAAGUCUUGAGUUAAUUUGCAUUUAACACCUUCUGGAUCUGAGUUAGAUCUUGGUAGACAUGGAAAGGUUGGAUUCGUUCCAUUCUCUGUGGGGCAAACUUUGUGCGUAGGUUGCGCUCAAAGCCCCCCAUCUCACCUGAUUAACAGGUACAAAGUUGUGAUGGAAAUUGGUAACACUGGAAACCUUAUGUAUCUCACUCCCCCUUCUUAUGCCACAAGAACUGUGUUUGUGUCCUUUAUUCACUUGUACAUUAUAU